AUGCGAACCGCGGAGCGAGUGUGGCAUCUCUACCAGGCGGGGUACCAGCCUCUAUGCCAGGCCAUAUGGGCUUGGCACGUCACGGGCAGCAGCUAUCACAUGAGAGACGUGUGCUGGGGAGCGGUGGGCACGCCAGAUGGCGUGGCUGAGAAUGCGGCGACGUUGCCGGGAGGUGAGGGCUGGCACGGGCGAUGUGCGGCUGCGUGCCUCGUGGUGCCACCGGGGAGGGCGGGGGCGGACCGCUUUCUCCCGGAUCUCUCCUCAUCACCCCCGCCGCGUGCCCAGCAGAGGACCUGGCGCGCCCCGCCGCCGGUUCCCGGCUCGCAGCCUGCCCUGCCGCCGCCGGGCUCCCUCGGCACGUGCCGCGAGCCCCGUGGGGCCGCGUCACCUCCUGGGAGGCCUCGGCACGCGCCCUCUCGCCCCGAGCCCGGCUCCGGCCGCCAGUUGUCUCCGGGAAAGGGGUCAGACGGGCAGCCGGGAGGCGAGAAUCCAGGCGAGGAGGAAGAGGAGGAGGCCGAGCUUGGCUGCUUUAAGAAAGGAAAGAGGGCAAGGAGCUGUGAGAGGCCAAUGACAAGGCCUUUGAGGCCCCAGGAAAACAGAAAUGAAGACUCCAUCGCCAGGAUGGCUGAGUAA